CAGUGUUCUUAAUUUAUGAUGUAGUUUUUCUAGAGAAGCACCAAGUCAUGAAAACCAGGGGCAGUCCCUAAUGCCCUCUCCCUGUACUCACCCUGCCUUCUGGUUUGUUUUCAUUUCUAAAUGAGGUUGGAGGGACACACAGGGGGGCCUCCUCCUGAGCCUCUUGUCAGCCUCAGCUGCCUGACUUGACCUCCACAGGUGCUGGUUCAGACCUUGUCCAGUGGGUGUCGUGCGGGGAAGGAUUGAAUGUGCACUGGGUUUGUAUGUCUGCACUGAACAGUGUUGUAAUUGUGCUUUUUUUUUUUUUCCUCCUAUUGGUGGGCUCUUUUCCAUGGUGCUGUCGCCUGCCCUGCUCUUGGACUCUGCUUGUAGAAGCGGGACUUCCCCUCUGGCGUGCCUCAAUGCCAUGCUGCAUUCCAAUUCAAGAGGAGGAGAGGGACUGUUCUAUAAACUCCCAGGCCGCAUCAGCCUUUUCACACUCAAGAAGGAUGCCCUGCAGUGGUCUCGCAGUGCAGCUGCAGUGGAGGCAGAGGAGCCGGAGGACUCUGCCGAUGUGGAGAGCUGUGGUUCCAAUGAAGCCAGCACUGUGAGUGGUGAAAACGAUGUAUCUCUUGAUGAAACCUCUUCGAACGCAUCCUGUUCCACUGAGUCCCAGAGUCGGCCCUUGUCCAAUCCCAGGGACAGCUGCAGAGCCUCCACACAGGCAAACAGACAGAAGAAAAAGACAGGAGUGAUGCUGCCUCGAGUUGUCCUGACUCCUCUGAAGGUAAACGGGGCCCACGUGGAAUCAGCCUCAGGGUUCUCGGGCCGCCACGCCGAUGGCGAGAGCGGCAGCCCGUCGAGCAGCAGCAGCGGCUCUCUGGCCUUGAGCAGCACUGCUAUUCGUGGCCAGGCCGAGGUCGCCCGGGACCCUGCCCCGCUCCUGAGAGGCUUCCGGAAGCCGGCCACAGGUCAGAUGAAGCGCAACAGAGGGGAAGAAAUCGAUUUUGAGACACCUGGGUCCAUUCUUGUCAACACAAACCUGCGUGCGCUGAUCAACUCUCGGACCUUCCACGCCCUGCCAUCGCAUUUCCAGCAGCAGCUCCUCUUCCUCCUGCCUGAAGUAGACAGACAGGUGGGGACAGAUGGCUUGUUGCGGCUCAGCAGCAGUGCACUGAAUAACGAGUUUUUUACCCACGCAGCUCAGAGCUGGCGGGAGCGCCUGGCUGAUGGUGAAUUCACUCAUGAGAUGCAAGUCAGGAUACGGCAGGAAAUGGAGAAGGAAAAGAAGGUAGAACAAUGGAAAGAAAAGUUCUUUGAAGACUACUAUGGACAGAAAUUAGGACUGACCAAAGAAGAAUCAUUGCAGCAGAAUGUGGGCCAGGAGGAGGCUGAUGCAAACAGCAGCUCGCGGGUCCCAGGGGAAUCGGCCCGGUCACAGAGGGGUCCAGCAACCCGACAACGUGACGGGCAUUUUAAGAGACGGUCUCGGCCAGACCUCCGAGCUAGGGCCCGAAGGAACCUGUACAAAAAACAGGAGCCAGAAGAAGCAGCGGUCGCUAAAGAUGCCAAGUCUGUUUUGCCUGAUGUCCCACUCUGCCAGGACGGGGAGGCUAAGACAGACUCGACAGGGGUGAGCAGUGCCCCACUGCCGGGCACCUCCGACCCAGCGCCCGACCCAGAGGGGCCCCGAUGCCCAAGUGAGUCUCUGGCAGCUCGUGUCCAGCCUGAGUCGGACAGCGCAACACAAGCCUCUACGUCUCCAGACCGAGUUCCCAGCUUGCUUCAGGAGGCUGUGGACCAGGAGCCCAAGGACCAGAAGAGGAAGUCCUUUGAGCAGACAGCCUCUGCGUCCUUUCCCGAAAAGAAGCCCCGGCUGGAAGACCGUCAGUCCUUUCGUAACACAAUUGCAAGUGGUCACACCGAGAAGCCACAGCCCACUAAAGAGGAGCCCAAAGUCCCGCCCAUCCGGAUUCAACUUUCACGCAUCAAACCACCCUGGGUGGUUAAAGGUCAGCCCACUUACCAGAUAUGUCCCCGGAUCGUCCCUGUCACGGGGUCCUCCAGCCGGGGCUGGACUGGCUCCAGGAGUCUCACAGACAUUAAAGCCUGUGCCGGCCAGGCCCGAGGGGCGAGAGGCCACCAUUGCCAUCGAGAGGCGGCCACCACUGCCAUCGGAGGGGGGGGUGGCCCGGGUGGAGGUGGCGGAGGGGCCACCGAUGAGGGAGGCGGCAGAGACAGCAGCGGUGGUGAUGGUGGUGAGGCCUGUGGCCAGUCUCGCUCCAGCGGAGUCCCAGGCAGCCCUGGAAAGUGUGCGUCAGAUCUACAGCGAGCACAACUACUGCCGCCUUGUCCUCUGACUGGGGACCGUGCCCAUGCCCACUCUGGGACUGCUUUGUUCAGGGCCGGGCGAGAGAAGGAGAGCUGCCAUCUGCCCAGGGGCCCGAGCAUACUGCCACGGGAGCUUGAAGAUGCUCCUCAGCUCCCUGUUGCUCCCACUGGUGACCAGCCUUGCCAGGCUUCACCCCCACUCUCCUCCCAGACACCGGUAGCUGAGAGCUUAGUGGAGCACCCUCAGUUGCCUGCAGGAGUCCGAGUGGAGCACGAGUCUGGGACCACUGCCUGGGCAGAGUGUGAGAAGGAGCAAGGAACCACCGUCACUCCUGGGAUUGGGCCCACUGCAUCUGUAAUGGAAGGUGCCCUGUGUGGAGGAGAAGCUGAGCAGGCUGACAGCAGUGAGCCCACCUGGGAGGAUCCUGUGUGCAGGUCCCCAGGUGCCACACCUGAAUUGCCCUUGGCUGACUGCCCACAGAACAGAGCCUUCAAUGACGAAUUGGGACUUGAUGACUUGAGCCCACCCAGGAGGGAAGGGCCCUCCUGCCGAGCUAGUAGGAAAGCUGAGACUCCUGUUUGUGGCAGCACUGCCCCAUGGUUGCCUGUCCCCUGUGAUGAGGAGUGUCUGAGGCAACCUAUGCCAGGGUGCAGAGCUGAUGCAGUGUCUGGUGAGGCCCGGAGCCGAGAGGAGUGGGAGAAAGCUGCCCCAGGGGGGCUGACGGCAGAGGAGGGGCUAGGUCCGCCUGCCAGCCUGCCUUCACUCUGGACGUGUCAACCUCAGGGCUCCUCUGGCGGCUCUGGCAGCAACAGCAAGCAGGUUGCUGUUGAUAAGCUGGAAACCAGCGGUGGCUCUGAAGCCCUGAGUCCCCACAGUGAAUCCACAGACACAGCCUCUGAUGUUGAAGGCCCCCUUUCUGAGGACAGCAGUGACACAGACACGAGAGAAACCCCAGGGACUAAGAGAGCCUCACUGGGCCAGGAGGAGAACCAUGGCUGGAGCCAGUGUGCACCACUGCCCAAGGGCAGUGCUGACCUUAGUGUGGCCACAAGGACCCAUGGGGUGGCUGCCGCCCGCAGCUGGGUGUCUCGAGUGUGUGCUGUCCCCCAGAAAAUGGCAGACUCUCUGCUCUUGGCCAGUACCGAGUUUCAGCCGAGGCCUGUGUGCCUGGCCAGGCCAGGUUCCUCCAUGGAGCUCACCAACCCACUCGUGAUGCAGUUGCUACAGGGUAACUUGCCCCUGGAGAAGAUCCUGCCUUCAGUCCACGGAGGCAGCAGCAAGCCAGAGGCCCCACAGAUCCUGCCUGGGCAGGACCCUGGGGAAGUCAGCGGCCCAAGAAGCAGAAGUCCCUCACGGGCUUGGAAGGAGUCUGUUGAAGCAGGCCAAGGGCUCACCAGCAUGGGGACUGCUCUCCUGUCUGGAACACCCCACAUCACCAAGGCAGUCCCCAACUUCAGUUCAUUACAUCCAGUGACUUCUGGGAAACUGAAAGAAAUGGAUUCCAAAGAGCAGUUCUCUUCCUGUAGUGUUGGGGACCAGAAGGAGAUCUGUGACAGUUCCCACUGCGGUUCUAAUGCUGCUCCAGGCCGAGGUCCAGGAGACCACACUACCUCGAGAGCGCCUUGCUUCUCUCCUCCGAGUAUGACCCGCUUCACUGCAGAGCAGGCCACCUGGGCCCUGGGUGAACAGAACAAUGUUGGAGGCCAAGGGAAGAAACUCUUUGGCUCCAGGAACGUGACUGCAACUCUUCAAGGCCCUCGGCCUGUGGACUUGACUCCACUGCCUGGUGAGGUCCCUCCAGUUUUUCCCAGUAGGAAGCUGACACUGAGCAAAAACUCUGUGUCUGGUGGAGCUGAUGUAAGGGAGGACUGGGCUCCGAAGCCACCACCUGCCGUUGCUGGCAACAUCAAGCGGGAGAAGCCUAUUGGAGGGGGUCCCCUCAAGGCCGACGCUGAGAACAGGAAAGCUUCCGGACACAGUCCUCUGGAACUGGUGGGACACUUGCAAGGGAUGCCCUUUGUCAUGGACCUGCCAUUCUGGAAAUUACCCCGAGAGCCGGGCAAAGGGCUCAGCCAGCCUCUGGAGCCUUCUUCCAUCCCCUCCCAACUCAACAUCAAGCAGGCUUUUUAUGGGAAGCUUUCUAAACUCCAGCUAAGUUCCACCAGCUUUAAUUACUCCGCCAGCUCCCCCACCUUCGCUAAAGGCCUUGCUGGAAGUGUGGUGCAGCUGAGCCACAAAGCCAACUUUGGUGCAAGCCACAGUGCAUCACUCUCCUUGCAAAUGUUCACUGAUAGCAGCACGGUGGAAAGCAUCUCACUGCAGUGUGCAUGCAGCCUGAAAGCCAUGAUUAUGUGCCAAGGCUGCGGUGCAUUCUGUCACGAUGACUGCAUUGGACCCUCAAAGCUCUGUGUAUUGUGCCUUGUGGUGAGAUAAUAAAUUAUGGCCAUGGGAAAAAAUGUAUAUUUAGUGUUUGUAUUUUGAUAAUGGUUGAUAUUCUAUCAUUGAUCUAAUAGACUAUCUAGGCAAGAGCACUCUUGCUUCUUUCUGAAAUUUAUUGUGCUGAAGCCCUCUGUCCCUUGCCAACCCUUCUGGUUUUGCCAGAGGGAAUUUCUAGGGGGCGUCUCCCGGGGCUGCCUCAGGCCAGCCAGCCUGAGCCCUCUCCACCCCUGCCUGAGGUGGCCCAGGGUGCCUGCCUCACACUGGGCAUGCUGGCUUGAAACUGAGGCCAGAGAGGGUCUCCACGCAGGGAACUCACCUUCCUGAGCCGAUCAGAAAUGUCAGUCUUCCACUGCCCCUCCCUGCCAUCUUCUUUGCUGCAGCUUUGUUUAGUGAGGUGAUGGUGAGGGAAGCCAGCACAGGGAUUAAGGAACUGCCUGCUCUGCCCACCAGGGGGCUCGAGUGGCUGCUGGAUGCACCGGCAGGGCCCAGCACUGAGUCAUAUGUGGGUGACAGAUUCCUUUUGACCAUUGGUUCUGUUGCUACAACUAGUUUGGAAUUUGUUUCCGAACCACUUGCUGGCCCAUGGGGGGUCUUUCAGAACCUUAACUGUCCCUGUUGGGAUUCUGGGGUUGGGGAAUGGAGUUGUGUGCUGUGACAGCGCACACCUCAAGAGCCGCCUGUCCCAGUGUUUGCAGACAAAUUCCUCUUCCACACAUACCCACUUCCUUGUACUCUGUGGAUGUGGAUCCUCUCCAUGCACUUGUGUAUGUGAAAGUCAUUUACAUUUCAAAGCAGCGUGUUUCUUAUUUUUAUAUUUUUAACUCUUCAAUGUAUAAAGUAAACCUUUGGCUUCUGUAAGUAUGCUCUAUGCACCUCUGAUGUUUGAUCAUGUAUUUAUAUGUUGUAUACAGUACAGCCGGUUCUGUAAAUGGAUGUAUUGUACAGAGAACACGAACGUCUCUUCCUUACUUGACGUGUUGGCAUCAUUGCGUUCCAAGUGCUGUGAGUUCCUCCUCCUCCUCCCCUGUCAUCAGGGCUUCAGUGCUGUGCUGCCUUGCAUAACCAGGAAGCCACCUGGCUGGUGACAGGUCAGGGUGGCCCAAGGGUGUCUACCCACGUGCACACUGCUGAGCAGACGUGUCCUGCUCCCUCUUCCUCGCUGCUCCUCUGGCCUUUACUGGCUGCUUGCUGCCGUGGAUGGUCAAUGAUACUGGAUUCCUGGGUGAGUUUCUUGCUCAGUCCCCACACUAGGCCUUCCAGAUAUGGCCCUUGGGUCACCUCUUGUCACAGCAAUACGUGGGCCUGCCCUCCCCUGGGGGCCACAGGGUUUCUUUGGAGCUGCCUUGUCUUCCUGCCCUCCCCGCGAGCAGGCGCCCCUGUGUCCAUCUGCCCUCUCCCUGCGUCCUGCCUUAUGUUAGUGUCUUGACCUGCUGCGAAGUUGAGGCUGCUCAUUGAACCCAGGUCUCUGUGUGUGAGUGCCUGUCUGAGGUAUGAGAUUUGCGUGGCCCGGCGUAUCUCACUUUACCUCAAAGGCUUCUGUGUGGCCUCCCUCCCACCCCCCGUUAAUUUCUGUGUGGCAUUUUUUUCACCUGAAGUAUGAAUGAGAAGUUGAAUGUAGUGUUGGCUGUGCCAGCAUUAGAACAUUCCCUUUCUUCCUUCUGUUGUAGCCCUUGCGGGUGCAGUGGGGUGCUGGUCUGGCCCAUGGAGCCACUCAGAGAAGCACUGCUCUUGUAUGUUUCAUGGUAUUGGAAAAAUAAACCUGUACAACCUG